UCUCAUCCAGAAACAUGUUUUGAAAUUAAUUUUCACUGACCGGGAAGAUCGUCUUUUGGGCGUUGUUUGUCAUACAGUAAAAAACUGCAGCCUGAACUGGAUCACUUAGGACGGAAGUGGCCAGAAUGAACAAGUGCCGCGUUGAUAGUUCCAACAUUAGAAGUGUCAAAUGGUUGUGUUUUGCAGUGGCUAUACUUUGCGUUGUCAAACCGUCUCAUCAGUGGGGUUUAUGGUUUGGCGGAGGAGCCUCCGGUGAGUUGAGCUACUUUGCCGGAUCGAUCGGUCCAGGAGAUAUUCUCUGCGCUAAGAUGCUGGUUGGUCGGGGGACUAAACUUCCGGUGGAUAUCCCGUUUUCGAUCUCGAUUCCGAUUCGUGCCUACAAUGCGGAAGCAGUCGAGUACAGCAGGUACGGCUUUCAGCUGGGUGUCAGAUCUGGAGCUCUCAACAGUAAUUCAAUAACGUUGUUCAUAGCUGGACCGAGAACAUUGCCGUACUACGUUAUGGUAGAUUUCUACUGUACACCCUAAUUAUACUGUAAAAAACUGACCUGAUAUGAAUAAAGUUAUUAAUAGUGACC